AACAGAUUUGAUUCUCUGUCUGCUUUGCAAAACAUGAUGCGGUGCAGGCCUUGAUGUCAUGGAUCUGUGUGUGACCAUCAAAGGGGUCUCCUUCCUCUUACAAACAGGUAUGGGCAUCUUGGGGAACACCGUGGUGCUGAUGGCGUAUGCCCACAUCAUUUAUACUGAGCCCAAGCUCCUUCCUGUGGACAUGAUCCUGUGCCACCUGGCCUUUGCCAACCUGAUGCUGCUGCUGACCCGCUGCGUCCCCCAGACCAUGACUGUGUUUGGGCUGAGGGACCUGCUGAAUGAUCCGGGCUGCAAGGUCGUGAUCUACGCCUACCGUAUUGGCCGGGCUUUGUCAGUCUGCAUCACCUGCAUGCUCAGCGUGUUUCAGGCAGUGACCAUCGCCCCUGCUGGGCCCCAUUUGUCCAGGCUGAAGCCCGCACUCCCCUCCUUGGUCCUCCCCACCUUUGCAGGACUGUGGCUCCUCAACAUGGCCAUCUGUAUCGCAGCCCCUUUUUUCUCUAUGGCUCCACGUAAUGGCACCGUCCCUGCCUUUACUCUCAACCUGGGCUUCUGUCAUGUGGACUUCAGAGACAACCUGUCCUAUGUGAUUAAUGGGGUGGCAGUCUCUGGAAGGGAUUUUGUCUUUGUUGCCCUGAUGGUGGGCUCCAGUGGUUACAUCCUGUUGCUUCUCCACCGCCACAGCCGCCAGGUGAGAAGCAUCCGUCGCUCUCAGGGUGGUGGGGCAGAGACCAGAGCAGCCAAAACAGUGGUCACCCUGGUAGUUCUGUAUGUGGUCUUCUUUGGGAUUGACAACGUGAUCUGGAUCUACAUGCUCACGGUGGCCAAGGUGUCACCGGUUGUGGCUGAUAUGAGAGUGUUCUUCUCCUCCUGUUAUGCCUCUCUCAGCCCCUAUUUUAUCAUUUCCUCUAACAAGAAGGUCAAGGCGAAGAUCGCGUGUGCAGCUGAGCAAGACCAACCAUCAGCGGACACUCAGGAGUCGAAUGACAAAUGACUCUUUCACCAUCUCGACAGGCUGUCAACUGAUCAGACCAUAUCAUUUUGAACACUGGUGCACGGAUCACUGUCAUUUAGCUAAGCAAUGGACCCUUUAGAAAGUAGUAUCUUGUAGUGGUGUUACAGGGGGUUUUCUGAUAUAUACAGUAUAUUUCCAUCAAAAUCAUAAAUAUAGUGGUGUAUGUAACUGCAGUGUGGUCAUUCUGUA